AUGGAGAGCAGCCAGCUUGAGAGAAUCCAAGUUUGGGAGCAACCUGGGGCAAGAGGAGAAGGGACCCAGAGAGGCAGCCAAGUGAGGGAAGAGGAAAAGCAGAUGCAGGUCGACAGGGAAGGAAGAUCAGUGCAGGAAGACAUAGUAAUGAGGCUCUUGCCAAAGAAAGCCCGAGCAACUUUGCAAGUGGGGGGAGCGCAAACAGAAGGGGCGGCGAUCCUGCCAGAGAGGCCUCAAGGCCCACAGGAGCACAAUGGGUCGCCCCUGAACCAAGAGGCGAAGCAGGCGGGGAAGCCUGUGCACUACCUGGAGGUGCGCCUUAAGAUCCAAGACUACCGGCACACCUGUAAGAAGCAGCUCUUCAACCUCAUUGCCUGUUUCUUUCGCUUCGUAUCUGGCAACCUGUCAUCUGAAGACACCAGCGACAGUGAACUUGAACUUUCAACCAUCCGGCACCAGCCAGAAGGGCUAGACCAGCUCCAGGCACUGACCAAAUUCACCAAGAAGGAGCUGCAGUCCCUCUAUAGAGGCUUCAAGAACGAAUGCCCGAGCGGCUUGGUGGACGAGGAGACCUUCAAGCUCAUCUAUUCCCAGUUCUUCCCCCAAGGAGAUGCCACCAUGUAUGCUCAUUUCCUGUUCAAUGCCUUUGACGUGGACCGGAAUGGAGCCAUCCGGUUUGAGGAUUUUGUCAUCGGGCUCUCCAUCCUGUUGCGUGGGACGGUGCAUGAGAAGCUCAACUGGGCAUUCAAUCUUUAUGACAUCAACAAAGAUGGCUACAUCACCAAGGAGGAAAUGUUGGCAAUAAUGAAGUCCAUAUAUGACAUGAUGGGCCGCUACACCUACCCAAUCUUGAGGGAAGAUGCUCCCAUUCAGCACGUGGAAAAAUUCUUCCAGAAAAUGGACAAAAAUCAAGACGGCGUGGUCACUAUCGAGGAGUUUCUAGAAACUUGUCAAAAGGAUGAGAACAUCAUGAGCUCCAUGCAGCUGUUUGAGAAUGUCAUUUAGGAGGCUACAAAUCCCACCUCGUCUCUCCCGGCCCACGUGAUUUCUCCUGGCCUGCACUUGGAUGGAUCCAUCCAUCUUUCUUGUGAAGCACACACACAUCUUUCUGAGAAAACAAAAACUUUUUUAUAUUUAAAGGGGGGG